CGUUACAUAACAUUAGAGACUCAAUGAAUGAAUUAAUUGAAUGUUGAAUGCAUUGAAUUGAAUGUUAAGUUAAUAAAUGAAUGUUUUAUAGUAUGUAAUGAUAUGACUGUUGUUUGACUAACAAAAUGAAAACUAUUAACUAAUUGUGAUAUCAAUUGACAAACGACUACAUGAUUGCCAUCAAAACGUUUGUAUUACUUCUUGAGAUGUCGACAGUCAUGUCCAACGAGUGAUCACUUGAUUGUCAAACAUAUUAACACUUAAUAUCUAAUCAAUUGGUUUGUCAUAUGAAUUGAUUGACUGUAAGGAUGGCGUCUGCAGAGUGUUUGCGAUCACUGGAAGUACUUCUCAAUGAGUUCUUUCACGAGUCGACCACUAAUGAUAGGAAACGACAGAUUGAAGUGAUAUUAAAUGAGUUCUCCAAACAAGACAAUUGUUGGCAACAAUGUCUUCAAUAUCUGUCGCAAACAGAUAAUGAAUACACUCUUAUGUAUUGUUUGUCUGUUUUGGAGAAUCUGAUUGUUAUUAAAUGGCAUUCAUUUGGUGCGGAAAAGAGUGGUCGUCGGCACUCAAUCUGGAACUACUUGUUGUCCUCCAAUCAUUCGACGCCGCAAUACGUUCGGAAUAAAGCGGCCAAACUGUUGGUCACUAUUGCACGUAUUGAUUGGCCCAACAGUUAUCCCGAUUAUAUGCAAAAUGUCUUGGAUUUGAUGCAAUCCAAACAAAACACUUCUUUAGCUCUAUUAUUGUUGAAUAUAACGAUUGAAGAGUUUAGUCAGACUCGCGAUGACGUUAGUGCCCAAAGAAAGUGUGAACUAAACAAACUAUUGGUUUCAGAAAUACCACAUAUUUUACACUCUUUGACUAAUUUGAUGGAACAGAUUAUUGACAAACACUGCAACUUCUUGACGGCCACACCUCCGCCUUCUCCAUCGCAAAGCCCUAACUCAGAGUCCAAUCCAACAAUUAGUAAAGAUGUUUUAUGCAAUGCAUUUGAGUUGAGUCUUCGCAGAGGACUCUUGCAAACAAUUCCAGACAUGGAUUCAGAAUCGAUUCAAAUAUCAUCACAAGUGCUGAUUUGUUUGUCUCAAUUGUUUGCAUUCAUGCCAUUAAAUCUUUGUUAUCAAAUAAGUCAUUCAACACUCGCAGCCGUAUUUGUUUUCGCGACUUUUGGCUGUAAUAAUUCAGUUGUGAUAAGUUGUCAUAAACUAAGUUCAACUCAAUUAGCAAUUUUAGCCAUGAAUUGUAUCAAUGAAUUGAUGGCAAAGUGUUCAACAAAUACAGAGACAAAUGAAUUUAUAUUUAAUAUGUUUCAAAAUACAUUCCACUUAUUGAGGAAAUUAACUAAAAUUAAUGACAUUAAUAAUCAUUCAAAUGGAUCUCCAUUUGAUAAUUUAGAUGAAGAAUAUAUCUAUAAGUUUACAGAAUUUAUGCGUCUCUUCAUUAGUGGACAUUUGCCACGAUUUGAGAAGAUGUCGACAUUUCCUAUAAUGGAGUUUUUGGGUCUACUUUUUGAAUAUACUUUCAAACAAACCAAUUGCGAGACAUUUGUGUUGGCUAUAGAGCUCUGGAAUAUAUUCAUUGAUUUUCUCAACGUUAAAGUAAAACAACAAAACGAUUCAAAACAAGUGAAUCAAAUAGUGAGUCAUUAUAAGGAACCUAUAGUUUCCCUAUUAAUGCAUUUAAAUCGUAAAAUACAGUUUAAGUACAAUCAACGAGAUUUAGUUAAAUUAGAUAAUAAAUGCUUAGAUGACGAUUCAUUAACUGAAUGGCAACGAUAUUUACAUACAUGUAUUGAAUUGAUGGCAAACAUAGCGGAUAUGUAUCCGUUAGAAACCUAUGAAAUUGUUAGUCAAUUACAUAACGAAAACUUACAGUCGUUUUUUGGUUUAGAGCACUGUUUGCAAACCAAUGCCAACAAUGAAACAAUUGGAUUGAAGUUAUCGGAAGCGGAUAUCUGUCGAUUGCAGUGUACGUUACGAGACUUAUCGACAUCACUCAAACUGGUUGGUCGACUCGCUGAUCACUUCACGUCCGAUAACUUUAACCGAUGGUUUGUUUCGACCAAAUCAUUAAUAGAGAAACUAAUUCAAGCCUUAAUAUUGUUCAACAAAAACAAAUUUCAUAAACAAAAACACUUAUCUAUUGAAUUCAUUGAUGUCUGCGCUCAAUUCAUGGCAACCAUAAAAGCCUACAGACAUUGGUUGCAGAAGUUCUGUAACGACGAACAGUCAAAUAAUGAUAGAUUGGGAAUCAUAUCAGCAAUUGUUGAGAAUUGCAUUCAAAUAAUAUGUGAUAAUAGAGGCAAUGAUAGCCAGAUGUGUCACAGCGCUGGACAUCUCUUUUAUUCGGUGGCAACGACUGUGAGACCAGUAUUUCUUCUAAGUCUUGAAUGCGUGCAAAUGCUGUUCACAAGAGUUUGUUCUCAUGUCAAGUGUCACAACCCAUGCAAUGACUUCGAGACAAACGGCAUUCCAGGCAUUACUAUAGAGGACGAGAAGUUGUUAUGCCGUUCCAUAUCUAACAUGCUUUUGCUUCCGUGGCUUAAUAUGAACAACGAUUCCUCACAGAACUGGGAGUCGAGAACUUUAUAUCACGACAUGUUUAUUGAGGCCAUUGUCGAACCGUUUAGUAUAGCAUUCAAAUGCCUCCAAAUGCCAACUAAUGGAUCACUUCUUCACCAAUUAAAUGAAACACAAUUAUGCCAUUCAUUGACUCUCUUAUGUGAUAUUAUGGACAACCAUAAAGAGUCUCCGACUCGAACAAAACAAUUACUAUUUAAAAGUAUUCAAAGUUCUUUAGAGUCAUUCAUUAAUUUAUUUCCCGCUUUAAUUGGAAAUCCAUUUAUAGCUGAAAAAUGUCUCAAUUUAUUGAUAUUAGUCUUCGAUGUGUUAAGAAUUCAAAUAAGUUUUCAAUUCGUUGAGAAAACAAUUCAAUUGAUGCUUAAAUUAUUUUCAAGUCAUCGAUUGAGUGGUACGGCCUGUGAUCCCUUCCUCACAAAAGUGAUUCCAAAGUUCUUGAAAAUGUUGAUAUUUAUUGUUCAACAACCGGGAACUGUAUUCAAGUCACUAAUUCCCGGUAUGAUUAGCUUUGCUUUCGAUCAGAUCUGUCCCACAAUAGCCAGUGCUGACUGUCCAAAGUUGAAGAGAUAUUUAUAUGAAUUUCUAUUUCAACUACUUUUAAAUAAUUGGAAAUACUUUUAUCCAAAUAAUUCAAUCACAAGUAAUGCAUUUAAUUUAUCAACAAAUCAACAAAAGCCAGAAGUGCUGCAAAAUGGUGAAGCAUUUGUUCAUAUAAUGAAUAUCUUUGCCCAAUCAUUCCUCGAGAACGACAUAACUAUUUUCAAACAUAAUUUGGACGCCUUAGAGCUGCUCAACACACGACUCAAAUUAUAUCAAAAGGAGAUCUUCAGACAAACAAUGAUUAAAACAUUUUUAUCAAUAUUUAUACAAACAUUAGUCGAUAAAUCAUUGAAUUUACUUCAAGACGACAUUUAUAUCAUAGUUUAUAAUAUGGCUUCAGUUGAUUUCAAUCAUUUUUUCAAUCAAUUUAUUCCACAAUAUCUUUAUAACUGUCAAACACUGACUGAUAUUCAACGUAACAGUUUGGCGACCAAAUACUUGGAUCCCAACAGCAAAGACUUUCCAACUUUUGUCAAUAAUUUAAAUAUAUUUUUGAAUGAUUUAAGAUAUUUUAAAAAUGUUUCAUCGAUUGUGUGCAAUAGUUAG